GAAGAAAAAAAGGAAGAAGAAUCCGCUUUCUCUUACAAUUCAAAUACAUCUCUGAUUUCUCAUCUCCCAACUCCUGUUUCUAUGCUUCUCUUCCCCUCUCUUUCGCAUUCCAUUCCUUCAAUUCAGAUUCCACUUCUCUUCACCAAUUCCUUCUCCUCUGCUCUAAAUCCUCUGUCCCCAGAUGCAAUUUUCUCUCCCUCAUAUUGCACUUUAAUUUCCUUUCUCUGAUUUCCUGUUUUUUGUUCAAUUUGCAGAGGAAAAGGGGUCGAUUUUUUAAACCCUUGUUUCUGGCACAUUUUUUUUUCGUGCACUCUGCCAUCUUUGCUUCUUUAAUUCUUAUAUUCUCUCCUGAAUUUUCCGGCAGAAACUCACCGGAAUCAUGGACAGAGCACUAGAAACUGGUGCACCGAUUUCCUUCUCCUGUGGCAUAGACAUUCGCACUUGUCUAUCGGAACUCUUAAUAUCAGGUGGGGCGAAUCCAUUGGAUUCAAUCUUCUCUGCCUGCCCACCUACAUAUUCAAACCCAUUAACCAGAGAAACACAAGAGCCCUUAGGCUCCUCCGUCUAUCUCCGUCAGGGAGAGCUGCUGCAGAAAUUCAGCAACAAAAGUAAGGCUACAAGCACGACAAAGGUUAGCCCGGGAGCAUUAAUGACCCCUCAAAGAAAUCAAGACGGAACCUAUUCCAGUCCAAGUAUGACUACUUUAUGUAAGAAAAAGCUCUACAGAGGAGUAAGGCAGAGGCAUUGGGGUAAAUGGGUGGCCGAAAUCAGGCUCCCUCAGAAUAGGAUGAGGGUCUGGUUAGGGACGUACGAUACCGCCGAGGCAGCAGCUUACGCAUAUGAUCGCGCUGCGUAUAAAUUACGGGGUGAAUACGCCCGCUUGAAUUUCCCACAUCUUAAAGAUGGAAUUACGUCGGGAUUUGGAGAUAGCGCCAAAUUAAAUGCAUUGAGGUCCUCAGUCGACGCCAAAAUUCAAGCGAUUUAUCAGAAGAUGAGGAGAGAUAAAGCUAAAAGGAAUGCUAGUGACAAUAGAAGUAGCAGCUGGGGCAUCAGCAGUAAUGGUGGUACUGCCACUGCUUCCAGCAGUUGUAGUGAUGGUAGUGAAGGUGGAAAGGUGGUGAAUUCAUCAUCAAUUUUGUCAUCGUCAUCGGCCAUCCCCAGGGAUGAAUGGGGUAAUGAUAUCUUAUCGCCUACUGUUUCUGAAGAGAGCUUGUCAAAGGGUGCCAAGUCACCCGCCUCUGUUUCAACAGAGUGUCCCAUGGUAACAGAGGGACUAGAUUUCGAAGGUUGCUCACUAGAAAGGAUGCCGUCAUUUGAUCCAGAGCUGAUCUGGGAAGUUCUUGCUAAUUAAAGAGAAAUCUUUCCUCUCUAUCUCUCUCUCUCUCUCUCUGUGAAAAAUUACGCAUCCAUUUGUUUAGAAAUAUCUCUGUAAUGUGUUAAGGUAUUAUAUCUGAGGAUGCAAGAGGGUUGGUUGUUGAGGUUUGACUCAAAUGCUCCUCUAAGAAAUUCUGGCGAUUGUUUUGGUUAAAGUUUAACCAAUUUUUUUUGUUAGAAUAAUUCCAUUAGUAUUUGUAACAAACAAUUGCCUCUAGUUCUGUUUCUGGAUAGAAGUGAACACUAAUUUGCUUAAAAAAAUGUUUGUGGUCAUAAGGAAUGGUUUAUUAUUCAAUAAAAGCAA